UUCCGGUGAUCUUUCUUCUGCGGGGAGACAGUUUCAGAAGCGCUGCUUGAAUCAGGCACACAGCGGAUCACGCAGCUGGCUUGCUGGAGAAAGAAGAGACGGGAGAGUUGGAAUCUGCACGAAGAGGAAAGGUAGCGUAUUUUUACCUAGAGAGAUUCUCAAUCCUGUAGAGAAUUUGAUCUGAUCACUACAGGCAGCAAAAGAGAGGCCAGCCCCUUUUUCCAAAAGACAGAUGGACAGACGGGAAGGAGAGGAUGGGCAGGCGCUGGCCGGGCAGGUACGGCUGCUGCUGCUGCUGCUGCCGCUGUUCUCCUGCUGGGCUGCCUCGGAGCAGGUCCGCUAUUCCAUCCCGGAGGAAAUGGAGAAGGGCUCCGUGGUGGGCAGCCUGGCCAAGGACCUGGGGCUGAAUGCCAGGGAGCUGCCAAAGCGCAACCUGCAUGCCAUCCCCCAAGCUAGAAUGCAGUUUUUCAGCAUCAAUGCAGAGCGUGGAGACCUGUAUGUGAGUGAAAGGAUAGACAGGGAGGAACUGUGUGAGGCGCUUCCCCUUUGCACUGUUAAUGUUGAGGUGGUCAUUGAAAACCCUCUGAAUGUUUUCCAUGUCAGAGUGGCAGUCCAGGACAUCAAUGAUAAUGCGCCCCAAUUUGUCAAUGGCAACAUCAACUUGGAGAUCAUUGAAUCCACUUCACCAGGCACCCGAUUUCUCCUUGGGGAGGCUGAAGAUCCAGAUAUUGGGGCAAAUUCUCUCCAGGACUACCAGCUGAGCUCCAAUCAGUACUUCACCCUAGAAGUGCGAGAGAGAAAAGAUGGCAGCAAAUAUGCAGAACUGGUGCUGCAGAAACCGCUCGAUCGAGAAAGUGAACAAACUCUGCACUUGAUCCUCACUGCCCUCGAUGGGGGUGAGCCGAGGAAAACCGGGACUGCCCAAAUCCGUAUCAACAUCACCGAUGCCAACGACAACCCACCCGUCUUCAGCCAGGACGUCUACAGGGUCAGUCUGAAGGAAAAUGCUCCUGUCGGGUCCCAGGUGCUCGAGGUUGUGGCCUCUGAUAAAGAUGCUGGUACAAAUGCCCAGAUCCGGUAUGAAUUCAGCAACAUACCAGAGAAAAGUCAAAGGAAAUUCAGUCUGGACGCAGUUAGUGGAAUAGUUACUCUUAUUGGACUGCUGGACUUUGAGGAAACAAAAGAGUAUACCAUGACAGUAGAUGCAAAGGAUGGAGGAGGACUGAAGGCCCACUGCAACAUUGAAGUGACUGCUAUUGAUGAGAAUGACAAUGCCCCAGCAGUCACGUUAGCUUCUGUUUUCAGCCCGGUCCCAGAAGAUUCUCCUUCUGGAACCCUGAUUGCUCUCAUUAGUGUGAGUGACAAGGAUUCUGGUGACAAUGGAAAGGUUAUUUGUCAUUUACAAGACGAUCUACCCUUUAAGCUUCUUCCCUUUUCUAGUAAUUACUACAAGCUGCUGUCAGACGGUCCCCUGGACAGAGAACGGACUCCUGAGUACAACAUUACAGUCACAGCCUUGGAUGCAGGGACCCCCCCUCUCUCCACACACAAGAGCAUCUCACUACAGGUGUCCGAUGUCAACGACAAUGCCCCGGCCUUUGAGAGACCUUUGUACAGCAUCUACGUGCCGGAGAACAACCCUUCGGGCACCUCCAUCCGGGCCGCGGCGGGGAGCCGGCGGCCGGGGCUCGUGCUCGCGCUGUGCCUGUGCCUGUGCCUGUGGCCGGGCCCCGGCGGCUCUGCCGCGGCCGCCGCCUCCGUGCGCUACGCGAUGCCCGAGGAGCGGCCCGUCGGCGCGGCCGUGGGGAACGUGGCGCUCGACUUGGGCCUGCCGCUCCGGCAGCUGCAGGCGCGCAACCUGCGCGUGGUGUCGGGGGGCGGCCGCAAGUUCUUCGAGGCCGACCUGGGCACCGGCGAGCUGCGCGUGGCCGAGCGCAUCGACCGCGAGGAGCUGUGCGGCGCGCUGGCGCCCUGCGUGCUGAGCCUGCAGGUCGUGGCCGAGAGCCCGCUGGAGCUGUUCGGCGUCGCGGUGGAGAUCCUGGACGUGAACGACCACGACCCCGCGUUCCCCAGCAGGCAGAUGCGCCUGGAGGUCAGCGAGUCCGUGGCGCCCGGCGCGCGCUUCCCGCUGGAGAGCGCGCAGGACCCCGACGCGGGCGCCCACGCCCUGCAGACGUACCAGCUCAGCGCCAACGCGCACUUCGCGCUGGACGUGCAGGCGCGCGGCGACGGCACCAAGUACGCCGAGCUGGUGCUGCAGAAGGCGCUGGACCGCGAGCGGCAGCGGGAGCUCCGCCUGGCGCUCACCGCGCUGGACGGCGGCAGCCCGCCGCGCUCGGCCACGCUGCAGGUCCUGGUGGACGUCCUGGACGCCAACGACAACAGCCCCGUCUUCAACCAGUCCGUCUACCGCGCCCGCGUGCGGGAGGACGUGCCCCCGCGCACGCCGCUCGCGCGCCCCAGCGCCUCCGACCUGGACGAGGGCGCCAACGGGGAGGUCGAGUACGCCUUCAGCAGCCACACGCCCGCGCAGCUGCGGCAGCUCUUCGCCCUGGACCCUGCCACGGGCGAGCUGAGCCUCCAGGGAGCGCUGGACUUCGAGGAGGCCCGGUUCUACGAGGUCUACAUCCAGGCCAAGGACAAGGGCUCCAACCCGGCCGUGGCCCACUGCAAGGUGCUGCUGGAGGUCGUCGACGUGAACGACAACCGCCCGGAAAUAUCCGUGACCUCGGUGUACAGCCCGGUGCCCGAGGACGCCGCGCCAGGGACCGUGGUCGCCCUGCUGAGCGUCACGGAUCGCGACUCCGCGGACAACGGCCUGGUCAGCUGCUCCAUCCCUGCGGACCUCCCUUUUGCCCUCAGCUCCUCCCUGCAGAACUACUACACGGUGCAGACGAAGGAAGCGCUGGACCGGGAGCGCGCCUCCGAGUACAACAUCACCGUCACCGCGCGAGACGCCGGCUCGCCCUCUCUCGGGGCGGAAAAGCGCAUUCUCGUGAAGGUGUCCGACGUAAACGACAACCCGCCUAAAUACCCACAGCCCUCUUAUGACGUGUACAUGGAAGAAAACAACCUUCCGGGGACCCUGAUUUUUAACAUCAGUGCCUCUGAUGCGGAUCUGGACCAGAAUUCGCACCUUUCCUACUCCAUCCUCGAGAACCCCGGCCCUUUGGGAGAUUUGGCGGGCAGGUACUUUUCCAUUAACCGGGAGAACGGCUCCAUUUAUGUCCUGGUGCCCUUGGACCAUGAGGACGCAAUGGAGUUCCAGCUGGUGGUGCAGGUCCGGGACGGAGGCGUGCCCCCCCUGGCCACCAACACCACCAUCCAUGUUUUCGUCACAGACCAGAAUGACAAUCCCCCCCGAGUGCUGCACCCCAGCCCGAACGGCAGCGCCUUGCUCUUGGAGGCGAUCUCGCCCGCAGUCAGCCCCGGGUACAUGGUCACCAAGGUCGUGGCCUGGGAUGCGGACGCAGGAUACAACGCCUGGCUCUCCUACACGCUCCUGCAGGCCACUGACCCCGGACUCUUCGCCCUGGGCCUGCAUUCCGGGGAGAUCAGCACAGCCCGGGCUCUGCGGGAGGAAGACUCCCGCAGGCAGACUUUGGUCAUCCUCGUGAAGGACAGCGGGGACCCUGCUUUGUCCUCCACCGUGACCCUCACGGUCACGGUGGCAGAGACAUCCAGGGAGGCACUGGCGGACCUGACAGCCGUGUCCUCCGUCCCCCAGACCAAGAAGCACUUGACUUUCUAUUUAAUCCUCGCGGUCAUCUUGAUCUCCGUGGCCUUCUUUGUCACAGUGGUUGGGGUCGGGGUCUAUAAAUUCUGCAAGUGGAGGCAAUCCAGGGAUAUUUUCAAGGCCUCCCGGAGCUCCCUCUAUAGAACCCCCGGGCCUUUCAACCACAUAGACACUGUGCGCAGUGGAUUUGCCCCUCCCAGCUUCUACCAGCAAGUCCUCACCACUGACUCUCGCCAGAGCGACCUUCUGUACAAAAUGCCCUUCGCUCCCAGUCCUGUGGGCAGCCGCCAAAGCACCAUCCCAAGGCGCGAUGCUGCCCUCUAUAACCAGAUCAUAGGCACCAAUAGCAGGCUCCCAGCGCCCUCCGAGCAAGCACAACCCAACACGGACUGGCGUUUCUCUCAGGCGCAGAGACCAGGAACCAGCGGGUCACAGAAUGGAGAUGAAAAUGGGACAUGGCCGAACAACCAGUUUGAUACCGAAAUGCUCCAGGCCAUGAUCCUGGCUUCAGCAAACGAAGCCGCCGCCGCCGCCGCGGCCAACCCAGACGGGGGCUCGACGCUGGGAGGAGGCGCGGCCGCAGGCACCAUGGGCCUCAGCGCCAGGUACGGCCCCCAGUUCACACUGCAGCACGUCCCGGACUACCGGCAGAACGUGUACAUCCCGGGAGGCACGUCCACCCUCUCCACCUCCGCGGGCAAGCGUGACGGGAAGCCCGCGGCCUCCGGAGGGGGCAACAAGAAGAAGUCGGGGAAGAAGGAGAAGAAGUAGGGCCGCCGCACGGCCCCCCGCUGCCUCCGGCCCCCAGGCAGGCGCUCCCCCAGUUCCCAGCCCGGGACAGAGAAUGAACGUGAGUCCCGGUUAGCAGCAACUGAAGAUCAAGCAUUGAUGCUGCUAAUCCGCGGCACUGGUGUCAACGUGGCUCUGCGUAGGUUUCCUGCUGCUAGUCCUCAAGAUGCAAAAACAGCACUGCCCUGUGAAUCGUGAUGAGUAUGCUUUAUAUUCUCUGUAGGGUGAUCUCUCAUGCCAGGUGUCUGAUCUCUGAAACCUUUCCUCCAGCUGCUUUGCUCCAGAGGGACCUGCAGGACCUACGAGGCUUUGGGCGGGCUCUGUCCACUGUAAAUAAUUCUUCUGGGGGGGUGGGGGCGGCCGAGGUGGUGUAUAUUUCUACAUUUCCUCCCCCUCCCCCUUUUUAUGUACAUUCUCUCUUUCCCAGAUUGGGGGAGAGGGAAACCCAUCUCAACUGGAACCUUGUUAUGAAUGGGGGGGAGGGGGGGCUUUGCUUCCUGCUUCGUUUCAAAGGAAUGAGCUCUCAUCCUGCUUCAUCGCCAGGGAAUGACAUUCCGCUGUGUUGUAAACACGCCUGAGUUUUUCAAAGUCCCACGG